UCAGUUCUGUCACUGGGAGGAAUCUCAGUCUCUGGGGCAGUGAGUGGAGUCAAUCACCCCCAGAAAAGCUCAGCACCCCAUGCCAGCUGCCUCCAGGAGAGCAAACCUUUGUGGAGGACAGAUCUCCUCUGGGAAGGAAAGGUGCUCAUCAGGGAGAGGAGUCACUGACACUCCUCUUAAAGGUUCAGGGGUGCUGUGGCUCUAACCUGCCUCUGCCAGGAACCUAUUGCAGGCCUGGGCAUGGCACACUGUUCACCACCUUGGUCCUGGUGUUUCCACCUCUGUUUUCUUUCUUAUCAACUCCUUCUCCCAGCACCCAGGUCAGUCAUCAGUGGUACUGGAGAGCAGCUCCCAGUCAGGCAGACUUGACACAGGAUGUUUUGCAGGGCUGGCAGGAGCUGGGCAGAUGUGUGCCCCACAGGGAGAUCCCUGCUGCCUUUGUCACUGCCCCCUCCUGAGCGGCAGGUUUGCUUUAAAGACCCUGGCUUCCUUUUAUUACUUCCCCUCUCAAAUUUCAACUGCUUGCAAGGGCUAUUUUUAGCAGCCUGCCUUCUAAAAAUAGCCCCGAGCUGUUUGGAGUUGCGUCACAAGAGGUAAUUCUCGCCCCUGAGUGGCUUGGCCUCUGCACCCCAGGAGGCUACAAAAGGAGGCCAGGAGCAGCAGGGUCAGCAGGUUCAGCCACAGCCGCAGGCGAAGGAGGCAGCGGUUCCCUGCCAGCCCCAGGCAUCCCAGCCCCGGCAGCAUGACCAUCUUCUGCAGCCACUGCCACCGGCCACUGCAGGCAGAGAUGAGCUGCCUGCCCGCCAGGGCCAAGCAGGCGCCCAGCGCCCCGAGGCCCUUCAGGUCAACCAAGAGCGCUUCCAAGGCUCGCCGAGACCAGAUCAAUGCGGAGCUGCAGGCGCUGCGCUCCCUGCUGCCCAUCUCUGCCCAGGAGAAGGAGCGGCUCUCCUACCUGCACACCAUGGCCCUGGUGUGCCUCCGCCUGCGGGGGGCUCAGCUCUUCCCUCCAGGCUUGGCUCCUCCUACGGGACCGGCCAUUGGCACAGAGCUACUCUCCCUGCUCCCGGGGUUUCUGCUUGUGCUCUCAGCAGACAGCAAGCUGGUCUACAUCUCAGAGAACGUGGCUCAGGUCCUGGGCCUCUCUGUGGUGGAGCUGCUCGCCCAGGGGGACACAGUCUUUGACAUCCUGGAUGGGCGAGUGGGAGAGGAUGUGCACAAGAAGCUCCUCCUUGCCCGGGAGGAGCCUGGCAGGGAAGUCACUUUUGUCAGCGAGAUGCGCACAUCCAAGGCCUUCCGGCUGCAGCACGGGGGCAAUCGGGUGGUGGCAGUGUGCGGGCGCUUUGUGGCCCUGCACUGGCCACCCUCCCCCUCCACCACAGCCUUCCUGGCUCUCUGCACACCCCUUGUGCAGUCACCCACAGAUGGCGAAGCUGCUUCCCAGGAUGACAUGUUCCAGAGCAUGCAUCUCCUGGACAUGACGUUUAUUGAUGUCACGGAGAGUGUCACCUACCACCUCGGCUACCACCGGGAGGAGCUGGUCGGUCAGUCGUGGUACAGCCUCCUGCACCCUGAGGAUGCUGAGCUGGCAGCUGCCCAGCACAGGGCCCUGGCGCUGGGCGCGGGGGCCGGGCCGGCAGCGGGGACCGCCGUGCUGCGAGUGCUGCGCAGGGACCGCGCCUGGAGCUGGCUGCGAGUGUGGGCGCGGCGGGACGGCGGCUGCAUCACCUGCACCUGCCGCUGCCUCAGGGAGGAGGAGGCGGCCCACCUGCGCUCCCGGCAGCCCCGCGCCGCCGCGCCGCCCGCGGGCCGGGAUGUGGCCCGGCUGGCCGAGCAGCUCCGCGCCCUGGCCGACAGCCUCUCGCCGCCCGCUCCGCCCUGCCGCUGGCCCCGUCCCGAGGAAGCCGAGGACGAUGCCUCUGUCUGCUUUGGGAACUCUCUGCUGCACCACCCUCCUGCCCACUUCCUUCGGCUUCCCUUCGAGCAGAAAAUAGGGUGCGACAUUCCAAGUGUGCUCCCACAGCUGCAGGUGAUCCAGCGGGAGGCCAUGGCAAACCUUCGUUUAAACUUGGUGCUCGCAUUAGAAACUUAG